AUGGCUCUUUUUCAACUGCGCGAGAUUCUUUUUUCGCCAAGAAUUCUUGCCCUGUGCUUUUCUGUGUAUCUCAUAAUCGGUGUUCUCUACAGAAUCUUCUUCCACCCCCUUAGGAAGAUUCCUGGUCCUUGGUAUGCUGCAGCAACAUACUGGUACGAAUUUUACCAAGAUGUGAUUCUCAAUGGCAACUACAUCAAGGAGUACCCAGACCUUCACGCCAAGUAUGGCCCAGUGGUUCGAGUGUCUCCCAAUCGUGUGCACAUCAGUGAUCCGGAUUACUUUAAGGAACCUUACGGAAGUGGCACGAAAUAUACUAAGGAUCCCGACUUCUUCCAGAGCGCUGGCGGUAUCAAGUACUCCAUCAUCAUGUUGAUUGAUCCCGAGGUUCACAAAGAACGAAAGAAUACGGUCCAAUCCCUCUUUUCGACCAAACAUGUUGACCACUUGGCGCCCGUCGUUCUGGAUGUUGUGCAGAGAGCAAUGGCGAAGGCACAGCGUGCCUUCAAAAAUGACCAGCCGAUUAACUUGCAACCAUUUUACCAAUGCAUUACUGUUGACACUAUUAUGCCUGUCUUGUUUGACAGACAGUUGAAUUUUGUUGAUUCUGACGAAGACGAGCCACCGUUUUUGAGCAUGUUGGGCAAGUUUGUUGACAAAUUCUUCCUCACCAAGCACUUUCCCAUGAUCAGCCACAUUGCUAUGAGUCUACCUCUCAGUGUAGCAAGGACGGUUUUGCCGGACUAUGUCGCUUUUCGAGAGCAAUGCGCCACGUGGAUCAAGGAAGACGAAGAGAAACAGCGCAACGGCAAAAGCCUGACAAACGACGGUCACAAUACGUAUUUCGGUCUCCUACUGGAAGCAGAGAAAACGGAGAGGCUUCACAAGCUAGGCCAGGAGGCACUAAUCGACGAAGCACUAUCUGUGUGUUUUGCCGGCACUGAUACCAACAGUCUUGCCCUCAGCUUUGGCACAUACUUCUUGCUAAGAAACCCGGAUAAGCUUCAGAAGAUGUUGGACGAGUUGAAAGACGCGCCUACAAAUAGGGAUGGCCUCUAUGAGCAUCAAACUGUUUCCAAACUGCCUUAUCUUGAUCUCCAGUACCUGGCAUCGUUCCUCGCAGAGUCCCUGCCGGCGGCGCUUCCGUUGGAGGUCAUUAUCUUCCAGAGGGCGCUCUGCGGCUGA